AUGCCUUCAGAUGGGGAUAGCUCCCCGACCGAGGGAAAAGGAGUAGUAGCAGCCGCGCAAAAACAUGGUGAUUCACAUCACGACGUGGAAGUAGGACCUGAGAUGGUGGAUAUUGACAGGAUAGAGAGAGUCUACGCCAAACUUGACCGCCGUAUCCUCCCAGCAUUCUGGGUUUUAUACUUCAUCUGCUCUGCGAUUCGGUCUAACAUUGGGCUUGCACAGACCAUGAACCUGGAUACCAAGCACGAUCUCGGUUCGGUGCUGAACAUCACGCCAAAACAGGUGUCCACUGGUCUGGCACUCUUCUAUGUCUGCUAUGUCAUCUUUGACUUGCCAUCGAAUCUCAUCAUGACCAGAGUCAGCCCACAUGCGUGGAUGAGUCGAAUCGUGACUUGUGUGGGUAUCAUUGGCAUGUGUUUGACUGCUAUGAAGGCAGCAUGGUCAUUGUACCUACUCCGACUGCUUCUCGGUAUCGUCAUUGCAGGCAUGUGGCCUGGCAUGUCGUACUACCUGACACUCUUCUACCCUCCAUCCAGGACCGGCAAGCGUAUUGGACGCUACUUCACGGCAUCUCAAAUGUCUGCAGCUGUUGUCGGUCUUGUUUCUGCUGGGUUUCAAAAGAUGGAUGGCCUUGGCGGUCUAGUUGGCUUCCAGUGGAUGUUCCUGAUGUACGGCAUCGUUGGCUUCCUUGUUGGCGUGUCGUUGCUGUGGUGGCUACCCGACAGGCCUCUUCCACCGGGCGAAGUUCGAGUACGAAGUGGAGUCUUGAAGUACUUACCAGCAGGCAAGCCGGCACUCACAGGGGAAGAUGCCAGGAUCCACUACGAGGAUUUGACUCGAGUGUACCAUCGUGCUCUGUGGACCACGAAGGAUCUCUGGGCCGUGAUUACAGACUGGAGAAUCUACCCACUUGUUGUCAUGUACUUUGGUGUUGUUGGAGUCGGAAAUGGGACGCAGGCCUAUGCAACCGUCAUCAUUCGUGGCGUCAACCCACAAUUGACUGGCAUACAGCUCAGCCUACUUUCCGCGCCGAUCUGGAUUAUGGACUUGAUAGCGAUCUUACUGGUGACACCCAUCUCGGAUCGCUUCCAUCAGCACCGCGCCGCCUUCUUCAGUGGCGCUGUGAUGAUCCAAAUCACUGGUCUCCUGGUGGCCACCUUCGCCAAGAACUGGUCGCGAUAUGGCGGUGUCUUGCUGGUUGGGUUUGGUCUCGGGCCGACGGUGCCCAUUUGCAUGACGUGGGCGAACGAGAUCUUCCAGCCUCGCCACGGCGAAGUGGGUGUGGCAGCGGCCAGCGCACUCGUGUCUGGAUUGGGCAACUUGGGCAGCAUCCUCACCACGUACGCGCUCUAUUCUGGUUGGCCAGAGGAUGCCAAGGCCGGGCCUCACAGGUACCGCAAGAGCAACCUAGUGAUGAUUGGCAUCUUGUGUGCCAGCAUCCUCAGUGCAGCGGCCAUGGUCGUCUUGCUGAAGGUGUUUGGCAACCCCAAAGGCAAGCAGGUGAGUGGUUCGAGCUCGGCCAGCGAAGGCGAGGCUGUGUACGUGGACGGGGCAGCGCGGCGUGAAGUGCAGCAGCGGGGACUCGGACGCAUGUUCUGCUUCUGA